AUGUCAUCAGAUACUGUCUUGACCGCAUUGGAGAAAAAUAUUACGGAUAAGGAGAUAGAAACUGUCAUUGCACCAUUACAACAAGCUUACACCAAGUACCAAGCAAUACUCAAAGACAUUGAGACACUUUCUGAACAAGCCAAAUGGGGUGAAGCCUGUACCCAUAUUACUGAAGUAACAGAAUAUGCCCAAACCCGCUUUAAAAUAUGCUUCUACCGCAAUGAACAAAGCAAAAAGCCAACAAAGUCGCCUUGCCACCAAAACAGGUUCGACCAGUUCUAAACGUACACGCAGCACCAAGUCAUCCCGCACAUCUGCAACCUCCAGUAAUGUCUGGAGGUGGGCAUUAGCAGAGGCUGCCGCAGCCCAGAAGCAAGCUGAAUUCGAGCAAUUAAUGGCCGAAAAAGAAAGUGAGAAAAAGCAACGCGAAGCCGAACAAGAAUUCCAUCGGGAACAAAUGCGUGUGCAACAUGAACGGGACAUGGCAAUAUUAGCGGCAGAGAAAAGAAAAGCAGUAGCAGACGCUAAGCUAAAGGCCAUAGAACAGUCUAUUCGUGAAGAAGACGCAACUUCCAUUUAG